GACGUUUUUAUGGUGAAAUAUAGUUGUGAUAAUUCGAUAUAUUUGUACCAUGUCAGAUGUCAAGAGGUGAAUAAGUCUGUGUUUUGUGUUCUAACCUGUGAGUGACAGUUUUUUAUAUUGUUUGGGAUUUGGAGCGAUAAACAUAUCGGUGAUAGGAGGUGGGAUGAGAUUGGUGUGUUCGGGUCGUUUUAGUAUAUCGCGCGUGUGUAGUGCGUAGUGGGCAGUGGUCCGAUGUGGGUGAGCUGGUAGCUGUGAGCAUGGUGUGGGCAUGGCGCGCGCUCGCGCUGGCGUCCGCGCUGGUGUGGGCUGGCGCAGUACAGGCACUGUCGGAACAAGUGUACCACAAUCAGUUCGCGGUGCAUAUUCCCGGCGGCGAACACCACGUGGAUGACAUCGCCAGAAGACAUGGUUUCGUCAAUCAUGGACAGAUUGGCUCCUUAAAGGGCUACUACUUGUUAUCACACCACGAAGUUCACAAGCGAUCUACUGGACCCAGUCACGAACACCAUCGAAAGCUUAACGAGGAACCACAAGUACGGUGGGUACAACAACAGCGCGAGCGGCAGAGAGUGAAGCGAGACUACAGUCCGUACGACAGUACUUUGUGGUCCCAGAUAAAUAGAAGACUGCCGUCACAUCGCACGCAUCAUCGCGCGCUUGCUUCGGCGCCGUUCUACCCUGAUCCCUUAUAUAAGGAACAAUGGUACUUGAACGGAGGUGCUAAAGAUGGCUUAGACAUGAAUGUAGCUCCUGCCUGGCAAAAGGGAUAUACUGGCAAAGGCGUUGUGGUAUCAAUCCUCGAUGACGGUAUCCAAACAAACCACCCCGAUCUUGCACAAAAUUACGACCCCAAUGCGUCAACGGACAUAAAUGGUAACGACGAAGAUCCAAUGCCUCAAGACAAUGGAGAUAAUAAGCAUGGUACAAGAUGCGCAGGAGAAGUAGCAGCAGUUGCUUAUAACCAAUACUGUGGUGUUGGUAUAGCUUACAAUGCCAGUAUAGGUGGAGUUAGAAUGUUAGAUGGUGUGGUCAACGACGCUGUCGAAGCUCGAGCCUUAGGUCUCAAUCCUGAUCAUAUAGAUAUCUAUAGUGCGUCUUGGGGACCAGAAGACGACGGUAAAACUGUUGAUGGGCCAGGACCAUUGGCUAGACGAGCAUUUAUCUACGGAGUAACCAGUGGACGUCGAGGUAAAGGCUCAAUAUUCGUUUGGGCUUCCGGAAACGGUGGCCGGCAUACUGAUUCUUGUAAUUGUGAUGGUUAUACGAACAGUAUAUUCACACUUUCGAUAUCUAGUGCCACACAAGGAGGGUACAAGCCCUGGUAUUUAGAAGAGUGCUCUUCAACUUUAACUACUACAUACAGUUCUGGAACUCCAGGACAUGAUAAAAGUGUAGCUACUGUUGACAUGGAUGGACGAUUAAGAUCUGAUCAUAUUUGUACUGUAGAACAUACUGGAACGUCGGCAUCUGCUCCUCUUGCUGCUGGCAUUUGUGCUUUGGCGUUGGAAGCCAAUCCUGAUUUAACAUGGAGAGACAUGCAAUAUCUUGUAGUUUUAACAUCGCGACCACAACCGCUGGAGAAAGAAAAUGGUUGGGUCAUAAAUGGGGUGAAAAGAAAAGUCAGCCAUAAGUUCGGCUAUGGUUUGAUGGAUGCUGCCGAGAUGGUAAAUUUAGCUGAACAGUGGGUAUCGGUCCCACCUCAACAUAUUUGUAAGUCGCAAGAAAUAAAUGAAGAUAAGCCUAUAGAGCCAUCAUUCGCAUAUAAUUUAGCCGUUCACAUGGACGUUAAUGGUUGUAGUGGAACGGUUAAUGAAGUUCGGUACCUCGAACAUGUUCAGUGUAAGAUAUCAUUAAGGUUUUUCCCUCGCGGUAACUUACGUAUAUUAUUAACAUCCCCCAUGGGGACGACUUCUACGCUUCUAUUCGAGAGGCCACGCGACGUCGUCAGUUCAAAUUUCGAUGAUUGGCCUUUCCUCAGUGUUCAUUUUUGGGGAGAACACGCCGAAGGCAGAUGGACACUACAAAUUGUAAAUGGAGGUAAUAGACACGUAAAUCAACCAGGAAUACUCAAAAAAUGGCAGUUAAUAUUUUACGGUACUUCUAUCGAUCCCGUGAGAUUAAGAUCAAAGAGACCAUCGCCAGUGGCUCCUCCCUACGCGUUCCCAACUGCCGCGGAUGGCUAUGAAACUAUCGGUGAUUCUUUUUACAACACUGACGCGUUUGCCAAUUACCAGAAUUACCCGAGUCUCUUUGCCGCUGGGUCCGAUCCGGAAAAAGCGGUAGCUAGUCUCGAUGGACAUAACGUCCCUUCACCGCAUGGGGAAAAUGUCCUUGCUGAUAGUAAUGACAAGCGCGUCUUGCACGAAUGUGACCCUGAAUGCGAUACUCAAGGAUGUUACGGAAAAGGACCGACUCAGUGUAUUGCCUGCAAACAUUAUCGUUUAGACGAUGCCUGUGUUUCUCGAUGCCCUCCAAGAAGUUACGCAAACCAAGGCGGGGUUUGCUGGCCGUGUCAUGAGUCUUGUGAAACUUGCGUUGGCCCAGGACAAGAUUCAUGUCUUACAUGUGCUCCAGCUCAUUUGCUCGUAGCAGAUCUAGCGGUAUGCUUACAACAAUGCCCCGAUGGUUACUGGGAAGACACCCAAGCUGCAGUUUGUCGACCGUGUGCUUCUCAUUGUGCUACUUGUUCGGAACGAUCAGACGUUUGUACUUCUUGUGAACAUCAUUUGCUGCUUCACGAGGGUGUUUGUAUGCCGACUUGCCCACCUGGAUAUUUCGAGACAGAAGAAUACAUGUGUGCUAAGUGCCAUGCGUCAUGUGAUACUUGUGAAGGCAGUGGAGAAGCUCAGUGUGUGACUUGUCAUCCGACGACAUACGCGUUAGAAGGACGUUGUAUAGCGACUUGCCCUGCUGGGUAUUACGUAGACAAGAAAAGGAAAGAGUGUAUGAAGUGUCCCAUCGGUUGUGAUACAUGCACGAGUGCUUUUUGCUUGACUUGUGGCCCUAAUUGGGAAAUCAACAAAAAAGGCAAAUGUGUUCCAUCGGGAUCCGAACGGUGUUCGUCGAAGGAGUACGUUUUCGACCAGCGCUGCCAUCGGUGCAAUGACGCUUGUGAUUCUUGCUUUGGUCAAGACAACAGCCAUUGUCUCACUUGCCCGUCGCCAAAUCUCUUACAAGAUAACCAGUGCGUAUCAGAGUGCGGCCGAGGUUAUUAUUCCGAAGCAGGCCGAUGCGCUCGCUGCGUUCACGGUUGCGCGGAGUGUGUGUCGCGGCUAAACUGCACCGCGUGCGCAGGUUCCUUGCGCUUGCAGUCUGGAUCUUGCAGGACGUCUUGUGCUAAUGGGUACUAUGCAGACCGUGGGACCUGUUCUAAGUGCUAUUUGUCGUGCCGCACUUGCAUCGGUCCGAGAAGAGACCAGUGCGCCUCGUGUCCUGCAGGGUGGAGGUUGGCGGCGGGCGAGUGCCACCCAGAAUGUCCACAAGGUAUGUACUGUGGUGCAAGUCAAAUAACACAAGUGGGAUGCGAGUGCAUAAACUCAUCCGUAGCGGGAAAGCGACGGAUCGCAGAAUGGGGCGCAAUGCACACUGAGUCCAGUCAGCACACUUUGCCUGGUGUUGCCACUGUAGUUAUAGCGGUGUGUGCUGUCGCAGCUACAUUGUUCAUCACUGUACUUAUGGUUUUGCAGGUGAGUGCCCGCAAAACAGCACGAAGAAACAUCAGCGGUCCAUUAUACUCGCCGCUACCGUGCACCGACGGCGAUGUCACGGUCCUUAGCUCCCGCACCGCUUUCCCCGCAAGCGGAGUCAGCAACAAUGACCCGCACCGGGCCGAGAACGAGCCUCUCCUCGAACAUUGCACAUAACGCUGUGAUACCCCGCACCAUGGAACAAAACGUGAGUUCACCUAAAUAAAGGUCGCCACAGACCUAAUCAAAGUGAGGCACGAGUUUCAUAGCACUUAAGUAAAGUUUAGUGAUCAGUCACAAGCUAAAGGACCACAGUUGGAUUUUUAUAUAACUUUAUAAGAAUACGUAUUAUAAUUUAAAAAAAAAACUUGUAAAGUUGUAUGCGUGUAGAUAUAGUUAGUUUAGUUAGGAAAUGAUAUGACAACGAUUUAUAGGACAUUGUUGUUGAUAAAUUGAGAAAUUGUAUUGGAACGUUUUCGUGGAUCGAAGUUAAUGUAGAUGUCGUAUACAGUAUGUCGAUAUGACAAUCACAUAAACGACCAACGACUGUUCUCAUGGCCAAGUAAAUUGUUGAUCGUAAUAUUUGAACUGCAGCAAAAAAGUCCCAAAAAGUUGUCAGAAAAUAGGUCUAUGCUUUGAGCCCAAUGUGUAUUGGAUUAUUAUUAAUUCAACAAUGUUAAUUAAGGACUCGGUUACAAAACAGGAGAAUUGAAAUGAAAAUCUUUUAGCAAUUUGUACAGACCAGUAGUUAGGCAAGUAUUUACUACGCGCUUGUGUAGAACCUUUGUAGUCAAGAAAUUGAAAUUGUGUUAAUUUAAAAUUUAUAUAUAUAUCGAAUUUCUCCAUUUUGAGUUGUCAACAAUCACUAGUGUGCUCCUUCCAUUUGUUUGGUUUCCGUCGGGUUCAACCUCGAACUUGUACAGUCACUGGUGCUAUUUCUAUUUCUAAAUACCAUUGGACAUGUAUAACGGUUCUACACGAGCAUGUAUUAUAGUUGUAAAUUGUAAGUUUGAACAAACGUUCAGCGGGGCUCAACGAUGCCCGAUCUUAUGUGAUAUCGAUGGAUUAUAAAUAAGAAUUGCUUUUUUGUUCGCUGUUGUCCAUUUUUGAUACAAUUUGUACUAUGUAGAAAAAAAAAAUUUGCCAUAUGUUUUUCAUCAUCCAUUUUCAAAUUCUGUGUGGCAAAUCUAAAAUUAUUGUUAUAUAUCAUUAUUUCUUAAAAUUUUCCAUACGCGCAUAAAGCAACAGUCCAUCAUGGUGGCCUAAUCCAUUGUGGACCCUCGGAGAUUUAAAUUAUUUUUCGUGUAUUAUCGUUCGUUCAAGUCAGGGAUCUUCGUACUUGAAAUAUUUAUUUUACAACUUAAACAUUUUCUCUUUAAUACGGUGGUGGUUUGAUAAGCCCGUGACUUUGAGAAGAAAAAAAAAAUUUUUUUUUACAUUACGGUUUAUUUUUCUACGCAAACUUUUUUUGACUCUAUACACCUUGACCAGCGAUAUCCCAACUUUUCAACCCAUCGAAAAAUAUUUUUUGGCACACUGAAAACUAAGUCUCUUUUUCAGCACUUCCUCAUCUGAUGUGAAAAUCAGACAGAAAACUCGAAUAGGUCCAAAUCUGGUGCAUAUGGGGUGUGUGACAAUAGUUCGUACCAUAAUUCGACAAGUUUUCUUGCUCUGAUUGCAGAUGAAAAAAGGUAUACUCAAAAUUGCAUUUUCUCCAUGUUCAGAAAAUGUAUCGAUCUAACAUAACUUUUUCCAAUUCUUUUUUAUUUUUUUUAUUUUCGCGCUAAUUUAAAAAAGUAAGUCAGUUGCUUAGUAAGGAGUUUUAAAUUAAAAAAUCAAAAUAAAUUCCAAAAAAGUAUUUAUUUAACAUUGAAGUCACGUGUUUAUCAAACCGUCGUACAACGGUAGGUAAGUUAAAUGUGUAGUCUUGAUAAAAUCAAUAAUUUCUUGGCAAUCUAACAUCUCUAAUCCAAAACUUCUGACUUGAGAAUAUAUCUUCCUAAAUUUGGUUUCACCUAAAUCAGAUUUCGACCGCAAACUGAAUUGUAUAAAAUCAAUAGUUGAAUCAAACCUCAGUCAGUACGACAAACUUAGAUAUUCCGGCGGUAAAAAGAUUUACUACAUUUUGUUCGUAAACUAUGGACCUUCGGCAUGUUACUAUAAUUCAAUAAAGACGGGGUUUCUUGACCGAGUAGUAAAACAUAGAUAAACACUAUUUUCGUUACUAAUUUGAUAACAAAUGAACACUUACGCCGUUGUAACUUCUUUCUUUAAGCAGCUGUGGACGGUAAUGAUAAGUUUGCGUCUCGGUAAGUCUCUGUUUGCACAAGAAAUCAAUAACUUGCCAACUGAAGCUCACGGCAUCCCUGUUUUAGGUCCGAAAGUUAUAAUUGAUGGUAGGGCUUAGGGUAAUCUACACGGCCCUGAUGGGUUAGCUAUUCAUCCUGCAUUUUAUGUAUCUGGAGAGUUUUAGGAUACUUGUGCUUAUUCAUUAUAAGGUUAAAGGUUGAAAAAAAAAAAUACUAAUAAUAUGUUUUAACAUGAUUAAGUCUUGAACUAAAAAUUAAAUACAGAAUUUAAUUGUUUACAUCCACUGACAUGCAUUGCACUCCUGACAAUGGAGUGGUAAUGUCAGACAACCAAUUCUGUGAGUGCUUAUCACUAACAAAAUAAUUGAUAACUGUAAUUUUUAUUAGGGGCUUAAUUUAUUUAAUUUGUACUGAUAUAAUAUACGUUUGAAAGAAAAAACUUGAUAUUUACGAAAAGUAGCAUUAUUAGAAUCUGUGGAGUGGUUUUGGAGCGCAGCUGAUUUUCGGUGAUAUAAUUACUAUUACAACGGUUUAAUUUCCUAUCCAAUAUUAUUAUUGUCAAAAGUUUAUAUCUGGCGCCAUCGUAACCUACAUUUUAAAGUUUGAUUUUUGGUGCUGAUGUCAUUUCGGAGAUAAUUAGAAGAAUUUUGUAAAAAUGAUAAGAUGUGAGAAAAGGGCAAUUAAAUAUCUGAAAUUGAAACAGUUCACAGUUCAAUAAUAACUUGGCGUAAAUUGUCUAUUAAUACAAUAUAUACGUCUAAUAUUGUUCAAAAAGGAUGUCAUCAGAAAAUGAAAGAGAGUGCACGAAAAGAUUGAUGGAGCAAUCGGAAGAGGUGUCAAGAACGUAGCAAGUUUCACUUCGUCCGCAGCAUCUGCCUACCCUUUGGGAUACUGGCGUGAUAAUAUGUAUUUUUUCCUGCUAAACAUGAAUCUUCUUUAUUAUUUGUUUCGUAUCGCUGGCACAAUUCGUAUUACAAGUAAGUCAAUUAAUUAUCAUCGGCGUUUUUACUUUUCAACGUUGUAAAUGUCCAGUCAGGUUACGUCUUUGUUCACGGUCUUUCCCUUUCAUGACGGGAAUCUCAUCAAGAGUUCUAAAAAGCAAAACUUUUCCGAUUUCCUCCAACAUAUUUCUUCCAAAUAUUGGUUUAGGUUCUUCAUAUCUAGAAAUCUUUUCUACAAAAAUUCUUUAAGGUCUGUCCGCAAGAAAUUUACAUUUUUAUAGCUCUCGGACUGUAAACUACGUUUUCUGUUACAGCAGUCUUCUUAUUAUAAUAUUUCUUUGCACUUCUAGUUCCAUCAAAUAAUAGCUUAUAUAAAAUUUUGAAUCUCAUAUUCUGGUUACCAGGGAUGUCAAUUUUGUAACUAAUUUGAUAUUUAUAGAAAAUGUUAAAAGUUACAUUAAAAGUGCAUGAAAAAUAUUGCUGUUAUUUCAGAGAUGAAAGGUGUAUUUUUAUAUCAGUUCCACAUAUUAUAUUUAUUUGUUUUCUAAAUAUAUGUUUCAAAAUAGGCAACAGCAAACGAAUUCGUACCUAUUGAAAUGGUUGAUGAGAAAUAAUAUAUUUACUUGUGUCUACGGAAACUGGGAAAAUAAUCGUCUUCAUAACUGGGACUGAGGGCGGUAACCGUCAUAAGGUGUAUCAAUGUAUGCAAAAUUGAACACAAAAUACAUGAUUUUAACGUUAAAUUUACAAUGUACGUGCUUCCGAAACCAGUAACCGACAAAAAAGCAACAUUAAUGGUAAUAACGGUUACUUCUUUCGGUCUUUGGUCGUUAUCUUAUAACUAUACUGAGUGAAAUUUUAAAUCAUGAUGCAGUCAUCAUGAUUUAAAACUUCUCAAUACAGUUAUUGAGAACUUAUGUUCAACUUCAUAGGCAAUGUCUUUCAAAUGAACUUCCAAAUAUAGUAAUCAAACGAUAUUAUUAUUUUUUGUCAGCCUAAGAACGUACUCGGUAAUUUAACUACGCCAUAGUGAUGCCACAAUUUCAUAUUUUACUCUUUGUCUACUCAAAAAUAAAACUCAAAAUACUUUGGCUCUCUGAAUAUGACGUCGUGACUUUUACUUUUACUAUAUUUUUUUAAUUAUAAUUAGUUAGUAAGGUCCAAAAAGUUACCAUAGAAAUGUGUAAAUUGUACAAUUUUAUUUUGAACAUGUUCAAGCUGUAGCGGCAAUAGCUGAUAUUUAGGAAAAUACCUUUUGGGUGUAAAAAAAGGUUUGGUACAUUUUAGGAGAAUUUUGUGUUUAUUAUAAGCAACAGCAUUGGUUAUACGAUUUUUGACAAUUUUUUAAUAGAGUCACUUAUACGUAAAAUUUCCUUUGUGAUAUUCUAAAAACUCAAAUCGUACAGCGAAAGUUGUUCCAAUAAUCAUUAAUAAAUUAUACUCUUAAAUUUCUACUAAACCUUUUUUUUUCGAACAACCCAUAUAUUUUUAUAGUUUAAAAUAAAUCACGCCUUGUCAUAAUUUUAUUAUAAUUUUAAGUAGAAAAAAGCUUUUAGUUUUUUUAAUGUAAUUAGGAAAUCAGCUAUUAUAUCUUAUGUUUCAAGUUACGUAAAUUCAGUCGGUGCGCGAGUUUAUGGACAUUUAUAGACCUUUAGUGUUAUAUACGUUUUACACUUUUUACUUUGACACAGUUAGGGUAAAAAUACUACGUUUUAAACGAGAGAAGUAAGACAAGGUCUUGGUAUUUCCCCUAUUCGGUUAUGUACAUAAUUGGAUACGAACAUAAUCAUAUUGUCGUGUCGUUAAUAGUGCUUCAACGUAGCAUGUAAUAGCUGUGUUCGACAGUAUACACACACACCUGCUUGGGCCAUAAAUCCGCGUACUAAUUAUACUUUACUCCUUUUGUAUUAAAAGUUGCUUACAACUUAAUUUUCGAUUCAAUGCUGUCUUAUAACCUCAUGUGAAUAUAAAAUCGUCAGCUACGUGAUACUGUAAGCUGGUUUGUAAUAUUUGAUUUUUAAAAGUGCCUGCAGGUAACGUCUAGCUUGUCAUUAGAAUCGUGAUUUCAUUUCUAUCCCUUUUUGUCUAGUGGAGUGUUAGAGUUAUAAGAAAGAGAUAGAAGAAAACUUGUGAUUCUAUAGAGUAGAUAGAUACUAUUAAUAAUAGGAUACUUAAAAAUCAUUUCUCGUAAUACGUUCGAUCAAUUGUACUUUUAUUAAACUAGUUAUUGAUUUUAUCGAUUUAAAAUUUAAUAUAUAAAAAUGUAAAUUUACAUUAUACAUCAAAGAUGAAAUGUUACCAUUUUGCAUCACAAAUGUAUAUAAAAAUUUUUAGCUAGAUUGUUGAAUUGUUAUUAAAUAAUAUUGACAAUGAAUCUAUAUUUAUCUGUAUAUUGAAAAAUUCAAAUUCAGUCAUUUUUUUAUAUUGCAAAUAUACUUAUUAUUAUUUCAGUCUGUAAUAUAAUUUAUGAUUUUUUUAAUGAAUUAAUUAUAUAAUUUCAACUUUAUAUGUUAUUAGU